CGCGAUCACCGCCGCUUCCAUUUGAAGUCAAAAACCAGAACGACACAAAGCGCCGACGAUGAAACUCACGCCGCGCGUGUACUGGGCACAACGCCACGAGGACAUUUACCUGCGUGUCGAGUUGAUCGACGCACAGGACAUUGAUGUCCAUGUACAUGAUAACAACCUCCAUUUUAAGGCUCAGGGACAUGGUGCUAAAGGGGAAGAUGAUUAUGAGUUCAGCCUGGCGUUUCUUUUACCUGUGAAGCCAGAGGUGAGGCACAGGUCCACCCAGCGGCAGGUGAACAUCAGUGUGAGGAAGCAGGAUCGUGGCUGGUGGAGCAGGCUGACCAUGCAGGAGCGCAAACCAGUUUUUCUGGCCCCCGACUUCGACCGCUGGCUUGACGAGUCGGAUGCAGAGAUGGAACUAUGCGAAGAGGAGGAGAGAAAAAGCAGGAUCACGGCCGCAAGGGAUCAUGAGGAUCGCGCUCUCAGUUUCAAGCCAGGGUUUUUGUUCAUCUACAACCUGGUGCAGUUCCUUGGCUACUCUUGGAUCUUCUUCAACAUGACCGUGCGGCUCUUCAUCUUCGGCCAAGAUUCUCUCUACGACACAUUUCACACCAUAUCGGACGUAAUGUUCUUCUGCCAGAUAUUGGCAGCCAUUGAGGUUUUAAACGCUGCUUUUGGCGUAGUAAAGACAGGUGUUUUUCCAACUCUUGUACAGGUGCUUGGAAGAAACUUCAUCCUCUUCAUAAUCUUUGGGAGUUUAGAGGAAAUGCAUAACAAGCCGGUGGUCUUCUUUGUUUUCUAUCUUUGGAGUGCCAUUGAGAUUUUUAGGUAUCCGUUUUACAUGCUGUGCUGUUUUGAAACAGAGUGGAAAGCCCUCACUUGGUUGAGGUACACUUUAUGGAUACCACUGUACCCCUUAGGUGGUGUGGCUGAAGCUGUUGCCGUCCUCCAGUCCAUCCCCAUCUUCGAUGAGACGAAACUCUUCAGCAUUCCUCUGCCUAAAGCCAUCGGCACAUCGGUCAGCUUCUCCCAUGUCCUGUACAUCUAUCUUGUCCUCAUGUUCCUGGGGCUGUGUGUCAACCUCCGCCACCUCUACAAGCAACGACAAAGGCGUUUUCGUACCAAGAAGAGGAAAGCAUAUUGAGAUUUGGCAACGAACACAACCGCACCACAACACCUUUACUGCCUGCCUGCUAUUGGGAG